UCCCCUUUUAAUAUUUAUAUUUCUAAUAUCUUAAAGAGCUCCAAUGAGAUUCCUUUCAAAUUGCUCUGACUGGACCCUAUUGUUAAGACUUUCCUCAUCUCUGUUGACAAAAUAAGGAAGAAGACAACCAGUUGAACUUAUCGGGACUUUGUUGUGGGUAUGUUUCCUUCUGGAGAGGUGGGACUGUAGCUGCGCAGUUUUGAAAACAUUCGAUUCCCACUUCCCUUUUCCGAAACUGAAUUGAGGCACAAAAGUCCGUUUGUCGUUGUCGUUGUCGUCAAUGUUACAGUUACAUUCCGUGCUAUUAACGCCAAACCGAUGACGACGACGCCGCCGCUGCCUCUGAAGCCUCUGCUCUCAAAACGCGAAACGCUCUGCCGGCAAAACGUUCGGUGUUCUCAGACAGCGUCGCUAGUUUUUUCAGUAUUUGAGCGUUCAGCGCUGUGUCUGCUUCACCUUAAAUUCGCUCUGCUCGCCGGUUUGCCAGUGCUCCAGACUAAGACCAAACCCAGUCGUAGUCCCGCUGUUGAGUUGCCAGUUUCCAUCAGUCAUAAGGCAAGAGUACCCAGUUUCCUGCAGAGCAGAUAUUAGCGACAGAGACAGAGCAACAACGGGAUUCCAUGCGUACCGUUAUAAUCCAGACCGGAUUACCUGGCAACCUGACAACCCUGACGCCGAAGAAGAGCACCACAAAGCAGAGAUAUCGAUAUCGAUAGAAAGAACGAACACAAUCAAUCGAUCGUCAUCAGCUGUUCUUGUCUAGUUUUGUUUCGUUCUCAUUUCGUUUCUGUUUUCAGCUCUGUUUUAGUUUAUUUUCCGUUUACUCGUCCCGUCUCUUCUCCCUCUUUCGCUCGCCCGCUUGCUCUAGGUUUCUCUAUCUAUCUCUCUCUCUCUCUUAGAGCGUCGCCCACGCAGCACGCACGUUGUUGUGUUUUAGUCUCACUUUCAUUUGUCUCCAUUCCUUUAUUCCCCGAUUCCGUUGUUGUUCGUUUGACCGUCAAGUGCAAAGAAGUCAAAUAUUAGCCAUCCAUCCGUCCACUGGUCCGCACACACUCAC